AUGGCGGUGCCACCCACAUUUACCGGCUUUCAUACCCGGGCGGUGCAUGCAGGGGCUCGCCCUGAUCCACAAACCGGAUCCAGGGCCAUGCCGAUCCAUCAAACCACCAGUUACGUGUUUGAAGAUGCGGAAUCUGCAGCGGCCUACUUCAACCUGCAGGAGUACGGUAACACCUACAGUCGCAUCAUGAACCCUACCGUCGCCGCUUUCGAAGAACGUGUUGCGAAUCUUGAGGGGGGUGUUGGAGGCGUGGCAUUUGCCAGCGGUCUGGCCGCACAGAAUGCCGCGUUAUUCACUUUGUUAGAGCCUGGUGACCAUGUGCUGGCCUCCGCGGCUCUUUAUGGUGGCAGCGUCACCCAGUUCAAACAUGUGCUCCGCAAGAUGAGCGUCGAGCUGGAUUUUGUUGACCCUGACGAUCUUCAAGCCUGGCAGAAAGGCAUCAAAUCGAACACAAAAUUGUGUUUCGGCGAAACCAUAGGCAACCCAUCCGGCUGCAUCUUCGACAUCGAGGCCAUCGCCGAAAUUGCGCAUGCUGCCGGUGUGCCGCUGAUGAUCGACAACACCUUUGCCACACCCUACCUGUGCCAACCUCUGAAAUUUGGUGCAGAUAUUGUUGUACAUUCCGCCACCAAAUUCAUGGGUGGACACGGCACAUCAAUUGGCGGCGUAGUUGUAGAAUCCGGAGAAUUUGAUUGGUCUAACGGCCGCUUCCCGGUGAUCGCAGAACCGUCGCCAGCCUAUCACGGCCUUAAAUUCCAUGAGACGUUUGGCACGUUCGGCUAUCUGAUGAAGCUGCGCUCCGAAACGCUAAGGGACCUGGGCGCGUGCAUGAGCCCGUUUAACGCAUUUAUGCUCGCCCAGGGUAUAGAGACUUUGCCUCUGCGUAUGCGCCAGCAUGUCAGCAAUGCCAAAGCUGUUGCCGCCCAUCUGCAGCAGUGUGAUGCCGUGACGGCGGUACAUUACGCAGGUCUUGACGGUUCCAGAUACGCUGAUCUGGUUGCAAAAUAUUUACCCGAAGGACCCGGUGCGGUGUUUUGUUUUGAUCUUGCCGGUGGCAGACAGGCAGGCAUUAAAUUUAUCGAAAAUUUAUCACUGUUCAGCCACCUGGCAAACGUAGGUGAUGCCAAAAGCCUGGUUAUCCACCCUGCCACCACCACCCAUCGGCAACUGAACGAUACAGAACUUGCGGCCAGCGGCAUCGGCCCGGGGACUAUUCGCGUAUCCAUUGGCAUUGAAGACGCGCAGGAUCUGAUUGCUGAUAUUGAUUACGCACUGGCACAACUGACGGAGAUCAAAGCAUGA